GAGGAGCGCUGCCAACAAAGGCCGAGUCGAUGGGGUUACAAAAAGAUUGUUAAUUUGGACUUCAAAACCCUUUGUUGUUGUAAUUAUUAUUAUAAAUAGGUUGUGAAUCUGUGAUUACUGUUAAGAAAAUGUGUGAAUGAUAUGAAACGUGACGACUAGCAAAGGAGUCAGCUGGUCCACAGUGCGAAUAGUGAAUAAGAAAUGGCGGCCUUGCCAGCAGGUGUUCAGUAUGGGUUAUCAUCAGAGUCUAGUUAUAAAGAAAAUAAGGAACUAGUGUUUGUGAAACUUACGGAUUCCGCUCUGAAAGCUAUAGAAGACUUUAUUAGGAAUAAUAGGGAUAAAUUGGCAAAACCUACGAUACAGUUCCUACCCGGAAAUGAAGGGAAAAUCUCAAUUCCGGCACCCGCAACUAGCAAUGGCCCGACUCAUGAAUCUACGUUUCACUUCAGCAUCAAUAGUAAUGCGGAAAUGGAGGGUCCACAGGGUUCGUUUGAGUGCGUCCGGAGCGGCGGGGCGCGGCGGCUGGAGGCGUGCGGGCCGCUGCCGAGGCGGAUGCGCGUGCAGGCCAACGACGACUCGUACGAGGCCACCAAGGACCGCAUGGCGAGAACCGUGGCCGCCGAACAGAGUAAAUGCACCCGAGUGAUAAAACCGAACCAAACGGACAUCGGUCGGCGUGUGAAAGUGCGCUCCUCUCAUCCCCUAUACUCGUCCGGGCCCGCGGCGCUCGGGGCCGAGCGGCCCGAGCGGCCUGAGCGGCCCGAGCGGCCCGAGCGGCCUGAGCGGCCCGAGCGGGCGGAGCGGCCGUCGACGGCGCGGCCGGCGCCGACGCCCGCGCCGCACCCGGGCGCACUGCAGCCGCAGCUCCCUCACCAGCCGCAGAGGCCCCCUCAGAACCCGCAACUCGCGAGGCGGUCCAUCAAAGAAAGACUUAUACAGUUAUUAGCAUUGAAACCCUUCAAAAAGCCGGAGUUAUACUUAAGGCUCAAUCAAGAGGGAAUCAAGGAGAAGGAACGCAGUGUGGUGAACAAGAUCCUGCCUCAGAUAGGCUCGCUGAAGGACAACUGUUAUCACUUACAUAGGCACAUAUGGAACGACGUCAACGAGGAUUGGCCGUUUUAUACCGAGGAGGAGAAACGCAUACUCAAGAGGCGGAAACCUCAAAAUCUAACACCGCCCGUGUCCUCGGACUCGACCAACUCGCUGUCGCCGCGCGCGUCGCCCGGCGGCAAGCGGCCGGGCGGGGCGGGGACGCCGGCGGGGGAAGAGCCGCCCGCCGCCAAGAAGCAGCGCAUCUCGCACUACCGCCGCCCCAGCCCGCCCUCGUCCGGCUACGCGACCGGCAGCUCCGGCGCCUCGUCCGGCGAGCGCCACGCCUCCGACAACGAGGACGACCGGACCACAGUCAAAAAGGAUAACGGCUACACGCUCAGUUUCAACACCGUUAAAGAGCUCUGCCCGAGUCCUGUGAAGGCGAACGGUUAUAGAAGUAGUCCCCCAGUAGAGCAAACUAGUAUCACAGAAAAAGACAUCACAAAUACGGAACCCUUAGAAAAUACUGAAUUAACGUCGGGGCCCGAUGAGACCAUGACUGAUUUGGAAGAGAUUGAAAGGCAAUACCCGCCAAUAACGAGUUCGAGUACGCGGCGAGCCUACAAGAACGAGUUCGCGGAACUAUACACCGAGUACCAAUCCCUAUACGCGCGCGUCGCGCAAGUGGCCAAACUCUUCACGUCGCUCGAGCUUCAGCUCAAGCGCGCGCCGCCACACUCGCCGCACCAUCAGAGCAUAGAACAACGCAUCGUGGAGGAGUACAGGCGCGUGCAGAACGACGGCGAGUACCAGGCGCAGAAGCGGCGCGUCAACUACCUGCACCGCAAGCUCACGCACAUCAAGCGGAUGGUGCAGCAGUACGACCAGCUGGUGAGUGUACCGCACACUUACCACGACCUUCCACGCAACCUGAAGUCGGAGCGCGUGCCUAGCGCGAGUACGACGCAGGCGUACUGA